AUGCGCUUUGCCAUCUUCUUCCUGAUCACCUUAUGCAGCUAUGCCUAUGCUAAUGACGGAUUGGAAAAGAAGGCCAACAAACUGCCUUAUGACUCACUUGUUCCAGUUCUUCCCUCUAAGCCCAAUUGCCGCAUCAACUCGAUCGCUCUCCAGUUUCAGCCAGAACUUAAUAUCAAGCAUGGCUGUCAUCCGUACCCAGCCGUGGACGAUAAUGGAUAUAUCAGCAGUGGCUUAGGUGUUUCGCACUUUUUCACCGACUGCAUGGGAUCGCCAAAAGGAUCACAAGUUUAUGGUCGAGCGUUUGUGUACAGGGGAUAUUUGGCAAUCAUGUACGCUUGGUAUUUCCCCAGAGACUACGUAGCCACUCCUUUCUGGAUUGGUCACCGCCAUGGAUGGGAGCAUGCCAUUCUGUGGUUUGGAGGUAUGACUGAAAAACCAGAAUUGCUUGCCGUUACUGCCAAGUCCUUGAUUGGCUACCGCACUUAUGCACCGCCUCAGUCCAAACACAUGGAUAAAGACAGAUUCAAGCUCAAAUACACCUGGAUGGGUGUGACGCAACACUAUCUGUCUGCCACUACGAGCCCAGGAGAACUCCAGAGUCUAGUGAUGUGGGACGACCUGCCGGACAAAGCAAGAGCUUCAUUGAAGCCAAGAUCAUGGUCUCACUUUAAGCCACCCCUUGCUGAUAACAGGUUCUUCCGCGCUCUCCGAAAAGCUUAUCCGUUUUGA